AUGGACGCCUCCGAAGCCAACCGCCUCGCCGCCCGCGCCGAGCAAGACCUGAACUCCUACCAAGCCAAGCAAGGCCUCGGCCCCAAGAGCGACUCGACCCUCGAAUCCGGCGUCAACGAGUUCGCCGACCGCAAAUUCGACCAGCCCACGGGUGUGCGAUAUGGCCGGGACGCCGUGGCCACAGGCUCCGACCGCAAGCCCAUCAACGAAGACGAGGGCGGGAUCCGCGAUGACCGUGGACGUUUGGCGCAGGCGAAGGGGUUUGAGGGGCGCGGGGGGCCUGAGGAUAAGGUGAACCUUGAGUAA